ACUUGUUUAUCGUCGCAACGUCCAGUUUUUGGGUUGAAUACACAGUGUGUGUUUAUAUUUUGUCACAUUUGACAGUGUUACCUAGAUGGGAUUUGAUUAUAACGUCAGCAUUUAGACAGAUACAUUUUUAAAUCGGCCGACGUUUAGCAUUAGACGCAGUAUUAAUGCCUUGUUACCAGUUGUCGACACUUGUGACUUUCUGAGUUUCUCAGUUUGAAACUAUUUGUUAACAUGAUUUCAAAGUGAAAGGUGAAAGACAGAACUUGAAAAUGAGUGGAAGAGACUACAGGACAUUUGUCACUUUCCAUAGGGCAGAAGAGAUGGAUAAGCUUGUGCGCAGAAUGUCGGAUGGUAUUGGCAGUAACAAGUAUUACAGUGCCGACUAUUCUAAACUGAAGAUGAAAAUGGCCGAACAAAAAUUCUCAGGUCACAAAACUCUACUGAAAGUGCAAAAACUUGAAGAAAUAUCCAAGCAGAACAAAGAGAACAAUGUGAACAAACAACACGGAAUUCUUUGGCACAAGGAAUUUUUGCAUUUGAAUCAACUGAGAAAAAAAGUACAGGCAGAGAUUGAUGCACACAUUAGAGAAAAUAUGGAUGGACCUCUGUGUCACAAGUUGUAUCAAGACUUUGAGUACUAUAAGGCAGCGAUUGAAAGUGAUUUUGACAAAUUUAGACUUGAUACAGCUGUUCCUGUUUGGAAUUUAAGGGAGGACUUGACAUACUGGAUGUCUGAGAAUAAGGACGAUCUGGCCCUAGGGGUGCCUUCCGUGUUGCAGAAACAUCAAGAAAUCAUGUGCACCAUAGACAAUGUGAAACAGCAGCAAGCUGACAUAGUAGACAAGUUAAAUCUGGAACAGAGGUCCUUGGAGUGUGAGCUCAAAUCAGAUGAACUGCGUAGCAUUUGUCCACCAGCUUUGGAAAGGAGGCCACAAUUUCAAGAUGGAAUUCCUGAAGAAGCAUUUGAUCUCGAAUGUCCUAACCAAGAAUUAAAGCUGAAGAUUUUAGAGGAAUUUUUACUGCUGGACCAGAAAUAUCAUACACGCCUUGCACAGUUGGAUCAGUGGCAUGAACCAGUUUUAAGAUUGGAUGAAUUUGGCAGCUGGAAUGAGGAGGAUCAUUUCACAUUUGUGGCUGUUUACGAUCAGUAUCCUAACGAACUUCCCAACAGACGCACGCUGCUCAUUAAUCGACUGAAGCGCCAUCUACCAUCAUAUACAAGGAAUGACCUGGUUGAACAUGAAGACUGGUGGGUGGGAUAUAAAUAUUACAAUGAACGACAAAAAGCUAUUUAUUCAGACUGGCAGAGAGACCGACGAGAGCUUCUUACGAAAGCUAGAGUGAUUUUUGCUGAAGUAUGUGCUGCUCAUGAACUGGAGGAAUUACAAGCCGAGAACAGACACAAACAAAAGGAGCUGUGCGAUCUCUUGUAUAACAAAGUGUGUGACUGGCGGAACCAGAAACUCGAAGCCAUGUAUCUUGAGACUCAGUUUGAGGAGCAGAGACUGAAAGAAAUGGAAGAAAGGUGGAAGAAUGAUGAGCAGAAGGAGAAGAAGAAAAGACAUGAAGAAAAACAGAAGCUUGAUGCUUUCCAUGAGGAAAAGGAGAAGAAGAGGAAACUGGAGGAGGAAAAAGACCGGAAGAGACUGGCUGACCUUCACCAGCAUCUGAUGGAGCAGGCUCUCAUCGACAAACAAAGAGUAAAAUACAGAGAAGACCAAAUGCAAAUAAAGAUGGAGGAACGUGAAAGAAUGAAAGAAGAAAAAAUUGCAGAUGAUUUAGAAAAGGAGAGAAGACUUGAAGCUCUGAGAGAACAGGUUCGGGUUAUUGCUGAAAGUGAUCCAGACAGAGUUAUGAAAGACACUGAGGCUUGGCAUUGCCACGUAACGGAAGAUGAAGAUGAUUACAUGAGUAUUCAGAAGCCUCUGUUUGAAGUGAACACUUUCACUUCUAAUCAGAUCACCUCAGAUCAUAGAGUUAGACUGGAACAGAAGCUUCGUGAUGCUGGCCUCCACACAUCAGACUAUGCCCGUCAGGUCAUUGCACAAGCCAAACCUCCAACAGUUCCUCGAAAAGACAUGGAAUCGACAGUUUUCAAACAGGACAAGAAUCCCUCAUAGCCACACAGAAACCUGUUUGUAAUUGUGUUGUUUGUUAACCAAUUUGCCAAAUUAAUGAUACAUUUGGUAAACGUAUCUGUGUGUAUCUGAAUACACCAAAAACAAAUUUGACAAUCAAAUUAUAUCAUCUCUUUGGUUAUUUUUGUUUUGAUUUUCUCACAUUUUGAUGUACUUUAACAAAAUGGGAUUUUGUUGACUAUUAAUAAAGACAAUUUGAUGAAAUGUAUACUGUUUUUGUUAAGAUUGAACUGAGAAUAAUCUCAGUUUAGAUUCAAGUGCUAGCCAUUAUCAAGGCCUCCUAAAUAUAUAGGUUUUUUUUAUUAUGCCUCAUUAUUUCAUCAAAAUGGAAGAUCAGUUGAGGAACUAUUUUUAAUGAAAUUAUAUUUAUCAAGUCAUAAUUAAAAGUAACAAUACUCUCUCAAGUAUCUGCCAUUCGAAUGUAUUGCCUAACUUAAAAUCCAAAUUACUAACAGAAUGCAUUCUAAGUGCAUAUACUGUUUCAACAAAUUUGUUUAUAUUUUGUUUUUAUCAGAACCAAUUUACAUCUUUUUAUAAUUGUCAUAUGACCCAUCUGUGAUUAUGGUUGACACAGGAACUGAAACACUUUGACCUGUUCCAGUGCAAAUCAGAAAUAAAUUGUAUGUUGUGCACCAAAAUAUGUUUCACAAUUAGAAAAUACAUGUAUGAGGACGAAAACAUUUCUUUUAUGUAUAGAUCUUUUAGGUUCCAUCAUCAUACUUUAAAAAAAAGAGAGUUUAAUUUGUCCUAUGACAUGAUUGUACUUCCAUUUACAUUCAGUUCAUAUACUAAGUUUAUAUUCAUUUGAGGUUCAAAACCAUUGUACAGGACACACGCCUCAGUUGUUUGAACCACUCUGUAUGAGAGCCAGUACUGGUAUGUGAACCAGUCAUUACAAAACUAACUGCUGAACCACCAAAUUUCCAAAGCUCAAGUGCAUUUAAAUCAAAUGUAAUUGAUGACUACCUCAUGUUAUUUAGAAAUAGACACCACAAAAAGCAAAAUGGUGUUUUAGAAUAAAAUAAUAGCCUAGAUGUAAAGAGUAUUAUGUAUUUUUUGUAUAAAAAUAGUCAUGACCAAAAACAAAAAUAAUAUGUAUUUAAAACAAAAAAAAGAGAUUGAUUUUAAACUUUUGUGUCUAUGUCGAAAAUGUUUUGCAAAAAUGAGGAUCGAACCACUGGUGCACUAUGCAUGUUUGAAAUUAUUUAAGCUGUCUUUUGCCAGAUCAAAGUGAAUAAAAGUUGGAUUUGGUAAAUAUAUUUAUUAGUGUGCCAAAAAGACAGUUGUUAACACCCUUUCCCCUCACCCAGUCCAAACAUAUUCAUUAAUAAAUUGUAUUCUGCAUUGACUAAUUAACAUCAUCCAUCAGAUUUUGCACAUUCAUUUAAUGACAUUGUAGUUUAUGCUGAUAUUCUGUUUUAGACUAUGUAUAUGUAUGAUAGUUACUCUAUCAACAAGUAUAACAAGAGAUUGCUGUCAUAAAACUAAUAGUGUUGAGCACCACAAACAUGUUGUAGGCUUCCAAAAGACCAAUGGUUUUCCCUAAAAACCAAUCCAAACACGGCAUUUACAUCAUUAUGACCAUUGUUUGACUUGUGAAAACCAUCAAUAUUAAUUUUAUAGACUGUCUAUUUGCUAGUCAGCAUUAAGAAACCAUACAUAUGUUAUAGAAGUCUAGUUUAAUGUAUAUCGAACUAUAUCCAUUUUGUUUUGCAUUUGCUAAAAUUUAUUUUUAGAAAUGUAUAUUGUGUCUGGAGUGCAUCACCUACUGAUUUAAAGUCAGUUAAUUAAAUCAAAGCAAAUAAAACACGUGUCAUGCAUC